GUACAAGUAAUUUUCCCUUAACCGUACUUCUCUCUCUCUCUCUCUCUCUCUCUCUCUCUCUCUCACUUCGAAACUCUCUCUAUACACAGACACACAGAAAACCUUACUUGUCUGAGACACCGGAAAUGGCUGACGAUGACUGGCCGGAGUGGCUUCCAUCGGGCUGGACGAUACAAAUCAGAAAGAUCGAUGGACGGAAGGUCAAGUGUUACAUUGAUCCAGAAGGACACAAGUUCUAUUCGAAGCCGCAAGUGGAACGGCAUCUUAACGCCAUCAGAAACAGCAUAGUAGUGACUGAAACUGAAGGGCUUUUCGCUUCUAAGCCUAAACGUGGAAGAAGAAGAAAAAUCGAAGAUUCUAAUUGGCUACCUGAUGGAUGGAAUGUGGAAGUGAAGUAUAGAAGUUGUGGAAAAGAAUAUAAGGUUUUCAUGGAUCCCAUCAAUGGACAUAAAUUCUUUACAAAGCAACAGAUUCUGAAAUAUCUUGCUAAUAAGGCCAAUACAAACAACAGUCCAGCUGAAGAGAAAAAAGGAGAUAAAACCCCUAUUAAACUUGAGGAGUCCCAGAUUACUGAACCCAUUGAAGCCAAGAAAACAAAUGAAACCAGUGCGAGUUCAGCAAUUACAGAAAGCACCCCUGACUAUGAAGUUAUCUCAAGAACUCCUGCAGAUGGGUUGCCUCCAGGAUGGAUAAAAGAAAUCAGAGCGACACAACAUGGAUCCGAGAAGAAAAAAAAUUUGUUCUACGCAGACCCUUUGAGUGGCUACAUAUUUUUCUCAAAACUGGAUGCUUUAUGCUAUUUGGAUACUGGAGGAGACAUAAAGAAAUGUGCCAUGAGACCAUUGAGAAGGGAUAUGAGUCGAGAAAUCAAUAGUUUGAAACGAAGCAAGACAUCCGACUCAAACGAUCAUAUGACAUCAUCGAAUUGCUAUGAGGAUAUGGUUGAAGAAUUUGAAAGUGAUAAAGCAAAAAAAGCGGCUUCAUUAUCAAAAAAUUUGGUCCCACAAGAUGAAAAAAUUGAAGAAUUAGUUGAUAAUAUAAAGAAGUUUAAUUCUACAUAUGAUGAACACUUGCAAUUUGAGAAAGAAAAGUUUCGGUCGAGGUUACAAGAACGUGAGAAAGAACGGGAUUUGAAAAUAUUAACCACCAACACUCAGCAUUUAACGGAAGGGGCCCGUGACACGAUUCUAGCGAUGCAAGCGGAGAUAGAGAAAAAGUAUCGUGAUAGCGGGAUGUAAUUUUUAUGUAUUAUUAAUGUUUUAUUUGCAUUUUUAGUUUAAAUGUUUUUUGGAAUAUUAAAUAUUAUUUGAAUUGAGAAAUAAUAAAAUUUGGUGAAAAGUUAGACCA